AUGAACUCAAGCGUCCCACCGUGGCGUGUCAGUGCCUCGGCUCCGACCUCAAAGCCCGUUGCUUUUCAACCUUCUGCGACUCCUGCCUUUAUUCCAGUACAAGCACGUCGUAGCCUCUCUUCUAAUAAGCCUACCUACCCACCCUCCACCGGAUCCUCUGCACAACCCACCAUGCCCCCUGCGGUUGAACCUCCUCGAUCACGUAUGGAGUUCCCUCCCGCGGUUCGCCUCUACGUGCAACGAUGCUUUGCUCCCGAAAACCAGGUUGCCAGCGUGAGCCACCCCGAAAUGCAAGAGAAACUGCGACAGGUCAUUACCGACGCCGCCGAGAACAACAAGCUUCACAUUAUGGACUGGGAGCGACUUGCCUUGCCACAGGUCAUGAUCCAAAAUGAACGCAAUAGGAUCCUGUCCAACCCCAACGUCUCAAACUGGGGGAUAUCUAGCCAACCUUCUCCCCCCGGUGAUGCCAGUCGCAAGAGAAAGUCGACAGACUCCAGCCAGCAACAGCAGUCCGGAAAAGAUUCGCCGCCAUGGAAAAAAGCUAACAAUCGCAAUCGGUUUGAAGACCGUGUCACUCACCCAUCCACAGAAAAGAAAUCACGAAUGACACUGGAUGAUUCUAGUAAGUCAAAAGCUAAUUUGGAGAUGAGGAGGAAGCGCUUUGAAGGUGCUGGUGUCAGUUAUGGAACCUCUGGUACCUCGUCCCCCGUGGAUUCUCCCUCCUCGCGCAGCGUCGACCAGGACCAAGGACCCGUGGUUGGACGAUGCCAAACCUUGGAGAAGAACUACUUCCGCCUGACCUCGGCUCCCAACCCGGAUACUGUCCGCCCGUUGCCGGUGCUCCAGAAGGCCUUGGACUUGUUGAAAAAGAAAUGGAAGCAAGAGGGCAACUACACCUACAUCUGUGACCAGUUCAAGUCCCUGCGCCAGGACCUGACGGUGCAACACAUCCGGAACGAGUUCACGGUCGUCGUCUAUGAGAUCCACGCGAGGAUUGCCUUGGAGAAGGGGGACCUUGGUGAGUAUAAUCAGUGUCAGACUCAGCUUCGAGUUCUAUACGGGCAGAAGCUGGGCGGGCAUCCGACGGAAUUCAAGGCGUAUCGUAUUCUCUAUUUCAUUUAUACCCGGAAUUGGACGGCCAUGAACGAUGCGCUAGCCGAUGUGACUGCAGAGGACAAGAAGACCCUUGCCGUCAAGCAUGCCUUGGAAGUUCGCUCUGCACUCGCACUUGGCAAUUAUCACCGCUUUUUCCAGUUGUAUCUGGACACGCCCAACAUGGGGGCAUACCUCAUGGACAUGUUUGUCGAUCGUGAGCGGUUAACUGCUCUUUCUUCCAUUUGUAGAGCGUACAAACCGGAUGUCAAUAUCCGGUUCAUUACGGAAGAGCUUGGCUUCGAGUCCGAUGAGCAGACCGCCCGUUUCAUUCUAGACCACUCAGCCGAGGACACUCUGGAAGAGAAGAACGGGACUGUGAGGCUGUUGACCAGCAAAGCCGGCCCGCUGUUUGAGCAGGCUAAGGCCGAAGCUCACCGUGUCGUCGACAUCAAGGGCCAGAUCUAA